GCUCUUAAAUUCACCGUGUCAACUCCAAAUGUUUCAAACUCCAAUUCCACAUCCACUAUGAAUCAUUCUUCACAACCCGAAACACUUCCACCCUCUGAUUCCAUCACCUCGUCACAACCCGAACCGCCACCACUGUCUGAUUCCGCCGCCAAUCCACCGUCUGAUUCCGCUGCCAAUCCAUCAUUUCCCGAACUACUUGACAAAUUAAGGCUUAGUUUUUCAAAUUUUCUAUCAUGCUUUCGUAGUUUGAGAAUUGAGAUCCUAACUUCCACUCCAAUUCUCUUCAUCUUCGACUCGGAGCCACCAACCAACACUGAAACCAUCAUGUAACAAAAAACGACACCGUUUCGAUCAAUGGUUAAGUUUUUGCACAGCCAAAACCUCCCCGCCGAUGUAGCACAUGUCGUCGAUCAGCUAGAGCACCACUGCUUGGUUCCCGAUGGAUCUCUCAUCUCCAAGCCUCUCUACAACGAUCUACAACUCGUAAUCCUCUCUCUAAACAAUGCUCUCUAUGUGUUUGUUGAAUUUCCUCACAUAAUUGGAAAAUGGGUGCUUCAUUUUAUCAUUAAAAACUCGACCCAUUUUGAUAAAUGUCCAAUAAAUUGAAUAAAAGUUUGGUGGGUACUGAAAUUUGCUGUUUGAUUUGCAGGCUAGAGAGGAAAUGUGCAGGGAACGACUUCGAUAUCUCGAAGCCAUGUUCGCUAAUAUUGGUGAUGCGGGCGCCUUUGCAACCGCAAUUGCGGAGUGAAUUAAAUUCACAUAUGCGACUGCAUCAAGAAAGCUUCAACAACUUCAUUCAUGUUCAUUCACUUCUUUAAGCAUAUUUUGUUUGGGUUACAGAUUGGAUUUAAACCAUCUGCACUGUCACUUCAAUCUAGUGAGAGAUACUGGAGGUCUUUAUCCGUAGUUCGGAUUGAGGAACUCUCCUCUGGUACUUAAAAUAUUAUUACUGAAAAUUUAGUUUGAUUUAGAAACCAAUAUGAGACCUACAGCUUUGAAUAAACUUAUUGGAGCUGCUGAAGUCUUUGACCUACAGGAGAAGGAAGCACCAAGAACCCUGAUGUGUAGGCUAAAGCCUUACCAGAGUCAAGCUCUGUAUUGGAUGACAGAAAUUGAGAAGGGGACUGAUGAUGAAAAUGCUGAUAGAAAUCUGCAUCCUUGCUAGUCAGCCUACAACAUAUGCAAUGGGAACGGCAACAACAAGAGGAAGAUCUAAAAGUAAAAGAAGCAGAGCUUAUGCGUGGAAACCCAUUGAUAAAUAAUCCUACAUCUUUCAAUGUCAAAAGAAGGAGGGACAUGCAAUUUUCAAUGACAAAUUACUCUCAUUCAUGCCUCCAAUUGGGUAUUCAAUUCUUCAGGGAUGUUAGAGCAUUCAUUGAGGCAAACAACGAUGUCAUACUCAUAUGUACAUCCAUUCUGUCUUUUUCAAAGGUUCUUAGUUCUUUGCCACUUUCUUGUCUUAGGCGACCAAAAACACUCUUUGUUGAUGUUCUUUCUGUCAAAGAGCACCCAAGAGACCUAUUAUUACACCUAUUAUUACAGAACCUAUGA